CUCUGGAGUUGGAUGAUGUCUUGCCACCUCAAUGUCUCCCCACAUGUGCAUAUUUAACGACAGAUGAAGCCUAAGGAAAAGGUAGAUCAAAUUCUCCCAUACUAUUUCUAAAACAUCAUACCAAAGUGAAACCUCCCCAAAGAAAAAUAUCAUUCAAACCCCCCCUGCACAAUCAUGUCUGAGGUCCACGGUCACUGCGACCCAGCAUUCAGCAAGGUGAAAGAAAUCAUUGCACACAACAUCACCUCAGGCGAAGAACUCGGGGUUUCGUUCUGCGUCAACAUCGACGGCAAGAAUGUAGUCGAUCUCUGGGGCGGAUAUGCAGACCGAAACCGCACAAAGCCUUGGACAGAAAACACCAUCACAGCCGUAUGGUCGAUGAGCAAAUGCGUUACCAAUCUAGCAGCUCUCAUUCUCAUAGAUCGCGGCCUCCUCGACCCCUCAGCCAAUGUAUCGAAUUAUUGGCCUGAGUUUGCGGCAAAUGGGAAAGAAGACGUCAAAGUCUGGCAUAUCUUAACUCACUCUGCUGGUUUACCUGCGUGGGAUGCUCCGAUAAGCAUUGAUGAUGUCUACAAUAUUGACCAAGCAAAUGAGCGUCUGGCUGGACAGGCACCGUGGUGGACGCCAGGUGCUGCGACGGGGUAUCAUGCUGUGACUCAAGGGCACUUGGUUAGCGAGCUUGUGCGGCGGGUUACGGGGAAGAGCGUGAAGGGUUUUAUUUCAGAGGAGAUAACAGGACCUCUGGACGCCGCUUUCCACAUCGGCGUCCCUGAGAAGGACUGGCCCCGUGUGGCGGAGCUGAUCCCUCCUCCUCCAUUUACGCCCCCGCCAGAUUUUGACUUCAAUUGUAUGGCAGCGCGAGCGGGUAUCGCGCCUGUGAUGAAAGCCGAAUAUGCUGAGACACCUGAAUUCAGCAAUGCGGAGAUGCCAGCAAUCAAUGGGUUUGGAAAUGCCAGGGGGAUAGCUCGGGUGCUCUCUGCCAUAUCUCUGGGCGGGACGGUUGAUGGCAGGUGUUUUCUGAGUCCUGAAACAGCCCAACUGGCUGUCAGGGAGCAAAUCAGUGGAACAGAUCUUGUUUUGAUGAUGCAAUCUCGAUUUGGAAUGGGAUUUGGGAUUCCGGGAGAGACGGGCAUGAUGUCUUGGAUCAGACCGGACAGCUGCUACUGGGGUGGCUGGGGGGGUUCGAUAGCCAUCAUGGAUGUGAAGAACCGGGUUACCAUCUGCUAUGCUCCAUCCCACAUGAAGCCGCAUAGUACGACUGGUGACUCUCGAGCUGAGUCUUAUGUGAAAGCAGUCUACGAGGCGAUGGGGGUGUGAACGUGAUAAUACAUUUUUAUAGAUAUGGGCUUAACCGACAUUAAACUACAACAAGUGGUCUAUCAAGUCCUUUUGAAUGCAUUAAUUACUUGGAAAUAACAAGUGGUGGAUAUAUUAAAGCAGCAGUCCAUCCUGCAGGCGAGGACAGCUAAAAUCUAGAUACAGAGUGUACAAACACAAACAGUAUUGUCAAUAUCAGUA